AUGGCGUCCCCCGACGCGAUCGCCGCCGCCGGAAAAGACGCCCUCACGCGUUUUCUGUCCUGGUGCGACGCCGAGGGCGUCGUGCACGACCGCGACGCGCUCGAGAUCCGCGUCUUCGUCGACCGCUCCGGCGGGGACUCGUCCGAGUCGAUCCGAUGCCACUACGCGGUGCACGCGCGCGAUGACCUCCCCGCGGACGUCGAGAUCGUCUCCGCGAUCCCAAAGAAGGCGUGCCUCAGCGCGAGGACGUGCUCGGUCGCGAAAGAGCUGAGAGACGCGCGCCUUGGCGGCGGCUUAGCGCUGAACGUCGCUGUCAUGGUCGAGCGCGCGCUCGGAAGCGAGAGCCGAUGGCGCGACUACUUCGCCGUCCUCCCGUCCCGCGGCGAGCGCACGCUGCCGAUGUUCUGGACGGAGGCACGGCUGGAAGCGCUGAAGGGGACGGACCUCGCGACGCACGUGCGCGAGGACGCGGAGAACCUGCGAGCGGACUACGACGAGGAGGUCGUCAACGGCCUGUGCGUCGCGCAUCCCGAGAAGUUUCGCAGAGAGGAGCUGACGUUCGAGAGGUACCUCGAAGCCGCGUCCCUGAGCGCGUCGAGGGCGUUUUACAUCGGCGAGGAGUGCGGCGAGGCGCUCGUGCCGUGGGCGGACAUGUUCAACCAUCGAACGGACGACGAGACCGUUCGCGUCUUGGGCGCGGACGAAGAGGAGGAAGAAGACGAGGAGGAGGAAGAGGAGGAGGAGGAAGACGAGGAAGAGGACGACGAGGAAGAGGACGACGACGCCGCCGCGCCGCCGCCCCCGCUGACGACCCCUCAGGGCGCGCUCGUCAUCCACACCCACAAGGCGGUCUCCAAAGGCGACGAGCUGUUCAACACGUUCGGCCAGCAGAACAACGCGUCGUUGCUGCACAAGUACGGGUUCUGCGAGCGCGGCAACGCGCACGCGACGAUCGCCGUCGACCUCGCGCUCGCGCGCGACGCCCUCGGCGCGGACGCCGUCGCGGACGCGGUCGCGGCGCUCGGGAUGGACGGGUUCGAAGACGGCGACGCGGACGCGUACUUCGAGAUCGCGCGCGGGGAGGACGGCGGCGUGGAGGUGGAGCCGGGGUUGUUAGCGUUGUGCGAGCGCGUGGGGAAGGCGCGGCGCGGCGAGGACGAGGACGAGGACGAGGACGAGGGCGCGACGGCGACGGCGUUGGCGAGCGUUCUCGACGCGCGCGAGGGUUUGUACCCGCGCGCGGAGAAGGGGGACGGGGCGGCGGCGGCGACGGCCGCGCCGCCGGCGGGGGGAGGCGUCGUCGGUCUGGAGGCCGCGAUGGUGCUUCGCGAGGGCGAGCUCGAGUUAAUAGACGCUGCGAGACGGAAGCACUGCGUCUCGUCGAAGCGGCGGAAAAAGAACGCGUAG